UCGCGGAGUCGUUUCUAGGGGGAAUCAUUUUGGAAGCGGAAGCGUCUAACUGUCCAAAGUUCCGUGGUCAACAGUGCAGACGAUUCGCGUCGCAAAGGAACUAAAAUUAUUUUUUUAUCUCGACGUGUUAAGGCGCUAUGAAAUAAACGUUUGAACCAGAUAAACAUUUUAGUUCUGCGGACAGCGGUACAAGGCUAAAUGUAGCUAGCGUCCACCGGCUAGCAGUGACAUUGACAGCUGGGAACAGUUCGAGGUUAUUUUAAAAACGGAAGGAAACUAAAACGUCCGAUGACAGUCAUUUCUACUUCAACAUGAGGAAUACCAGUCCUCUUAUAUAACAACAGACGGACGUGUUUGCGUCGUCUGAGUUUGCAAACAAUACUUUUUUGCGUCACCAGCAAGGACGAUGCUUCUACUUUGUGUUUUGAGGAGCAGUCGCUUCUCUUCUCUCUCCGCUCAUCUGACACGACACUUCCGGGUCUGCUGCGCACAAGCUGGACGUCCCGUGCAGAAGACACACUACUGGGUGUCCUCUCAGACUCCUCCAUCAAACUCUGUUCACCUCAGAGCCACUUCAAAGUUAUCGCCUCUCCUAUUCCUUAACAAUGGGAGGACCGCGUGUUGCCAGAUCGGUCCCAAACCCCCUUUACCUGUGCACUCCGGUCUCGUCCUCCUGGGACACCUGUUCCACACCUCAGCCCCCGCGAGGGCCUUGCCCGCCCCCCUCAUAUGGUUGAUGCUCAAACCUCUGCAGAAGCUCGUGGCUAUAAUCCUGGGCAGGAGUAUAAGGAAGUGGUGGGUGGCUCUGUCGGCCGACCGCCGGCAGCUCUUUCGCAAUUGGGUCCGUCAGCGCCGCUGGCAUCUGGCAGCGGGGGCAGGCGUUACUAUGGUGAUUGUAGCCCUCCUCCUCCUGACCCACCUGGACGAGUCCCCGGUGACGGGACGCACCCGCCUCCUCCUGUUCAGCAGAGAGAAGUACAUGGAGCUGGCAGCCCUGACUUCAGAGGUGUACAUGGAGGAGUUUGCGGAGCUGCUGGUUCCAGUCACCGACCCUCGUCACCAGGUGGUGGAGCGGGUGGUGCAGCACCUGGCCCAAAGAAACAAGGACAUCCCUGAAGUGUCUGAAGUCACCUGGAGCGUCCACGUGGUGCAGAGUCCCGACGUCAACGCCUUCGUCCUGCCGGACGGGAAAGUGUUCAUGUUUGCGGGGAUGCUGGAGGCGGUGACGGACGUCCACCAGCUCACCGUUGUGCUGGGACACGAGAUGGCUCAUGCUGUAUUGGGACACUCUGCAGAACAGGCCAGUCUGUCUCAUGUCGUGGACCUCCUGUCCCUGAUUCUGCUGACAGCCAUCUGGGCCGUGUGUCCUCGAGACAGCCUGGCUCUGCUGGGACAGUGGGUCCAGGACAAGCUGUCCCAGCUGAUGUUCAACCGUCCCUUCAGCAGGAAACUGGAGGCUGAGGCCGACAAAGUCGGGUUGCAGUUGGCUGCAAAGGCGUGUGCAGAUGUGCGAGCAGGACCCGUAUUCUGGCAGCAAAUGGAAAUCAGAGACCAGCUGACAGGAGAGCCCACCUUCCCCGAGUGGCUGUCCACACACCCGUCGCACAAGAACAGAUUCACUCAGCUGGACCGCCUCAUGCCACAGGCUCUGGAGUUGAGGGAGAGCUGCUCCUGCCCGGCUCUACCAGCCACUGACCCUCGCGCCGUCUUCUCCAAGAGUGUGCGCAUGUUGCUGGAAACCGUCAAGCACCAGGAGGGAGGAGGUCCAGAAGGGGCACGCAAGCCCCGCCUGUCCCACAUCCCGGGCUCACUCCCCACCGGACUGCCCGCGGCUCUGCUUGCCCAAACGGCCCUCCCUUCAUCCUCAAAUGUGGACCAAGAAACUCAAGAACCAGUCCCGUCGGUAGCUUCAGAGUUAGCCGUAGCCGCCGCUGUCCCUGCUCCUGCUGAGGUGGAAGGACCCCAGCCCAGCUGACAGGGCUUUUAAAAUCCUCACAAACUUCUAGUUUUUUUCCACAGACUGGUCAGCGACCAUAUUCGUUGCACUAUUCAAGCCAGUUUUCAUCGUCUAUUCAAUUUGGUGAAGGAGUUCUACCAUCACAGGGUCAGUCCUUUUUCUCUGCACCACAGACUCCCUCUGGUUGCCAGCAUAAUGGAGGGUGAAGCUGGGGGGGGGGUACUGUGGCAAGAAGAAGUGGCUCUGGAGAAAACUGGAAAAAGUCAGCAAAGAAAACGAAACCCAAGGCCCCUCCUAACCUUUCCCUCCCGCUGACUGAGCUUCAGAGAAUGUUAUUCAUGCUUAGUGACUACAAAGAUGCCACGUUAAUGAGAUAACCUCGAACAGGAGAGAAUGCUGAAUGAAUGUCGGUAAAGCUUCCACAAGUUGCCGGAUUAAUAUGUGCAUUAUUCAUUGACACGUGGCAACAGACGCGCGAGUAAGCAUUUCGCGUGUGCAUGUCGGAGGCUUCGUCCACGGCAGGCAGAGGACAUCUACAUUCUAAUUAUGACUACUGGUUUUGUAAAAUAUUUUUUAACAAGGCAAGUUGACUGAGAUCCUUAUUUACAACAGCCUGCGGGAGCAGAAGCACUGUGAAUGGGGGGGUGGGGGGGUGGGGGGGUGCUGAAACAAUUUGCACAUUUGGUUAAACUGUGAAAUCAAAAAAAAGUACUACUGUGUUGUCAAACUGAUAAAUUAUUUCAUUUGCGUCAUGCAUUUUUAUCUUCAGGGUUUCAAGCUUUCAAAGCAUCAGACAGUCAAUACACCGUCUAUGGAAGCUUUGUUUUACCUGCUGGGUCUGUAUGAGAGUCUGUUUCUACGCUACAAUAAGUGGCCAGUGAUGGGGUUUAUGCAAAAAUAUGCGUAUCAAUAACUCAGCAGGAACGUGCUCUGUUUGCAAAUGACAAGCGAAAACAAUAAAAACCUCCAGAAGAAAAUGAGAUUUAUUUUUUUCUUCAAUAUUUUGGCUUGUUUUCAAAGUGGAUCAAAGAUGUGCAUUUAUCAACAGCAG